UGUGAAUUGUGAUGAAUGAGCGUCAUUUUCUCACCCUGCACAUGUGUCUUUCUUCAAUCUCGGCGUGCACUCAAAAACAUACACACAAAUUAUAUCAAUCAAAUCCUCCAUUUUUCCUUUUCUCCUCCCUCUUUUUGGUUUAAAUCGAAACCCCAGUCCCGAAAUCAAAACCCCCCCUUUCUCCUCCCUUCCCCUAAUCUCUCACCCCCCCUCCCCUCUCUCACUCUGAGAGAUUUUUCUUCGUUUCCUUCUGUAUCUCUAGGGUUUUAAUUUCUUCUUCAUCUUAUCGUUCUUUUUAUCUGCUAUAUCUAGCUAGGGUUUUUUUUUCUUUUUUUCUUUUUGUUACGUCGGUUUUUGUAAAUAUGGAUCGAUCCGAUGGCAAACUUCACAACAACUUCUCCUCCUUAUCUUCCUCAGUUAGUGGUUUUGCAGAUAAUGCGCUUUUUGAUGCAUCCCAGUAUGAAUUUUUUGGUCAAAAUGCUAUGGAAGAAGUGGAGUUGGGGGGUCUAGAAGACGAUGAACAGGAUGCUCCUGUGUUUGCUUCCCCUGAAGAUGAUGAGUACCAUUUGUUUGAUAAGGGAGAGGUAGUAGGUUUAGGCUCUUUAUCUGAUGUGGAUGAUCUAGCUACUACUUUUGCAAAGUUGAAUAGAGUUGUUACUGGGCCGAGAAAUCCAGGAGUUAUUGGUGAUAGAUCUGGAUCUUUUUCAAGGGAAAGUUCCUCUGCUGCUGACUGGGCCCAAGAUGGAGAAUACGUAAACUGGAUGGAUCAGCAUCUUUUUGAUGCAGAUGAUGCUCAAGACGGCAAGAGAUGGUCUUCGCAGCCACAACCAUAUGCUCGUGUUUCUGACUCAAAGCCUUUGUAUAGAACUUCUUCAUAUCCCGAGCAGCAACCCCAGCUGCAUCGUUUCUCAAGUGAACCAAUUUUUGGGCCAAAAUCGAACUUCAUAUCUUUCCCUCCUCCUGGUAGCAAAUGCCAGCAGUCUUCACCUGCCCACCUCAAUAUUUCUGCUCUUUCCAGUGGAUCUCAGCCACCCUUCUCUGCAGCAAGCCUCUCUCCAUUGUCCAACCCCAGUCUUCAUCUGGCUGGUUUAUCCCAUGGAUUGCAUUGUGGUGGUAAUGUGCCCCAGUUAACAUCUCCUGGACUAUCUUUUAGUAGCAGGUCACAUAAUCACUGGGUUAACCACUCCGGUCUAUUACAUGGAGAUCAUGCUGGUCUUUUGCAUAAUAUGUUGCAACAGCAAAUACCUCAUCAAAAUGGUCUAAUUUCCCCACAGUUAAUGUCACCACAACAGCAGAGACUGCACCAUUCGGUUCAACCAUCUUUGGCUCAUUUUGCAGCUUUGCAAUCUCAGCUGUAUAAUGCUCACCCUCCAUCACAUAAAUUGAUGCUUGGACUAGCCGAUCUUAGGGAUCAACGAACUAAAUCAUCACAAAGAAAGAGACAGAGCUCACGUAUUUCCCAGCAAAACUCUGAUACUGGUAGCCAGAAAAGUGAGAGUGGGUUGGUGCAAUUCAGAUCCAAGUAUAUGUCUGCUGAAGAGAUAGAGAGCAUUCUUAAGAUGCAGCAUGCUGCCACACAUAGUAAUGAUCCUUAUGUAGAUGAUUAUUACCACCAAGCUUGUCUUGUCAAAAGAUCUUUUGGAUCCAGGGGUAAACAUAAUUUUUGUCCAUCUCACCUGAAGGAUUUACAUUCUCGAUCCCGUAACAGCGGAGAGCAGCAUUUGCAUCUACAUGCUGAUGCACUUGGGAAGGCUCCCCUCUCUUCCAUUCGAAGACCUCGUCCCCUGCUUGAAGUCGAUCCUCCCUUAGGUUCAGGUGAUGGAGGUUCUGAACAGAAAACUGAGAGGCCUUUAGAGGAGGAACCUAUGCUUGCAGCUAGAAUCACCAUUGAAGAUGGUCUGUCUCUUCUUCUUGAUGUAGAUGACAUUGACCGGCUCAUACAAUUUAGCCAACCCCAAGAUGGUGGGAUCCAGCUUAGACGGAGGCGGCAGAUCCUGCUUGAAGGCAUGGCAGCAUCACUGCAGCUUGUUGAUCCACUUAGCAAAGGUGCGCAUGCAGUUAAAUGUGUUGCGAAAGAUGACAUUGUGUUCCUAAGAUUAGUCUCUCUUGCAAAGGGCCGUAAGCUGGUCACCAGGUUCCUUCAGCUUCUUAUCCCUGGAAGUGAGCUUGUUCGAGUAGUGUGCAUGGCAAUUUUCCGUCACUUGAGAUUCUUGUUUGGUGGUCUUUCCUCUGAUCUGGAAGCAGCUGAGACAACUACUAAUCUUGCAAAGACUGUUUCUACAUGUGUUAAUGGUAUGGAUCUUCGUGCUCUCAGCGCUUGCCUUGUAGCAAUUGUUUGUUCUUCAGAGCAGCCACCACUUAGGCCCCUGGGAAGCCCUGCUGGGGAUGGUGCUUCUGUUAUUCUAAAAUCAGUUCUUGAAAGGGCCACUCAACUUUUAAGUCAUCCUUCUGGAAAUUGCAGCAUGCCAAAUUAUGCUUUCUGGAGGGCGUCAUUUGAUGAAUUUUUCACUCUUCUUACCAAGUAUUGCGUGAAUAAAUAUGAGACGAUCAAGCAAUCAAUACAGAACCAGUCUCCAACAAUGGAAGUGAUUGGUUCAGAGGCUAUGAGGCAAGAAAUGCCUUGUGAGCUUCUUCGUUCUAGUCUUCCUCACACAAAUGAAGCUCAGAGGAAGCUUUUAAUGGACUUUUCCCAGCGUUCUGUACCCAUGAAUGGAGCCAAUUCCCAUGCUGGGAGUACCAGCCAAAUAAACUCUGAAUCAGUGAGGGGUUAAGAAAGGGAGCAGGUCAGUGUGAAAAAUGUGCACUCAAUGGAGUGUGGAAUGGGAGAGCAGAAACUAGGGCUGUGUGUUUUACUUGAGGAGUCUGGUUUAAAGGGGCCACCAUUAUCUUAUCUGCAGUUCAUUGCAUUGGACACUGUUUCUUGUCCAUUGUCAACUUCCAAUUGUGAUUGUGUAGCUUGCCCCUCACAGCUCUCCCCUCCCUUUCCCCUCUCUUCACUUUUUCUUUUUUUUUAUAUAUAUUUUAUGGUGUUAUUAUUAUUUUUCUGUGUUUAAAAAAGAAAGCCUUGGGAGCGAAGGAAUCGAAGAUUGGGAAGUUGAUGGAACUUACAGUAGUAGCAGUUGUAGAAGUAGCGGAUGGGUGUGUAUUAAUGAUGGGAGUUGUGGGGAGCUUUAUUUUGGUGCUCUGUUGCGAGACUCCAGUACAAGUGGAAGCGUAGUAGUUUAGAACUUAGAAACAAUGUACAGCUUGCUGGUCUUCUUACAGAACCUUUGGAAACUCCUCUUUUUCUUUUUAUGUGCUGUUUGGUUACAUUAGUUCUGAGGUAGUCUCACAAUCGAUGAUGUCCCACUGUUGCUGUACUUCUUUUGUUUGGGGGGGUCUAUUUGUUGAAAACUGACUAGUUAUUCAAAGGGCCUUCAUCUCUGAGCCAUCACAAUCCAUCCUGUAAUAAUCUAAAAAGGUCCUUCCCAUGUUUAACUAGAAUCUACUCUAUUGCUUAUAUUGUUACCUUCUUUUGAUAUAUUUUUAAAUUUGUGAUUUCUAAA